CAAUACUGAACACAUUAUAAAGAGAGGAGAGAAAAAAAUAAGGAAAACGGAAAAAGAAAAAGAAAAACAGAGAGAAAAUGGGGAAGAAAAAUAUGGAGAGUUGGGAAGGGACGAUGCCACGGCCACUGCCACUUCUCCUCCGUAACGUCAUAGCUUCCGUUCUCUACAACGCCGACAACUCAUUCCUCUUAUUCGCCCAAAAAUACAAAAUCCUUCAAACGCUGCGUUUCAUUCUCCUCAACUGCUACCUCUUCUUCGUCCGUUUCCUUUCUUCUUUCAUCCUCGACAAAUACGACGCCGUCAAGGUCAAGCAGUACCACAAAUACGCAUACGAAGCGCCGCGAAACGACACCGGCAUCGCACGUGCGCUUUCGCAGCUCCUCUCAUCCCUGAACGACAUCCCCGUCAGUUCGAGGAAGUACGAGGUGGUUCGAUCUCUUGCGGAGAGGAUCAUCGACGACAACCAGAGGGACGGGGUCCACGCGCUGCGCGAGAUCAACCGCGUGGUUCUCUCGGCGGCGUUUGCGAGGGCGCUGAGGCAGUUGGAAGCGGCGGUGGCUGAGCGCGGGAUAGGGGAAGGUGAAGGAGAGGGUGAAUACUACCCGCUGAGGAGGGUUCUGAGGACGGUUGGUUGGAGGGUGAAAGGAGCGGAAGGGAAUCUGUCUGGGGUUCCGGCGGAGAAGCUGGCGGCGGAGUUGGUUUGGUUGGCUCAGAAGUUGGCGUUUUGUGAAUGUACGGAGGAAGCUGUUCGGCUGUGGGCGGCGGCGUCUAAUUUGGGGUACCUCUCUCUCACGGCUGACCCGCGUUUGCAGUCUUCCCUUGUCAAACUUGCAGCAGCGUUCUUGUUCAAGGAAGCCAAAGACAUGGGCCUAGACGAAAUCGAGGGAAGCAAGAUGAAGCUACACAUGCAAGUCAAGUUAAAGAUGUUACAAUCAUGGCUGCCAUUGUUGUGUAGGGCCAGUAAUGGCACCGAUGCCCCCGCUUUAAGCAUUAGUGAGAAGGCUGAGUUAGAGAGGGUGUUAGAGAACAUUAUAGAGGGGUUGGAACAAGAGGAGCAGGAGCAGAUUCUUUCUCUCUGGCUCCAUCAUUUUACGCAUUGCUCAUCGUCUGACUGGCCAAACCUCCAUGCAUGCUUUGCUCGUUGGUGCACUGUAUCUCGCAAGCAGUUGCUGCAUGGAUGAAAAUUGACAUUAAUACAAAAGCAAUUAUACUUUGCUAUAUAUGUUAGCCUUAAUUUUCAAAGGUUCGAUCACCAGGCUAUUUAAUUUCUUGCAUACACUUUUAGUAUAAAAAAAUGUAAAAAAAUAAUAAUAAAAUAAGCAUUUUUUGUUAUCAGGGCAUUAGAUAGAGAAUGAUAUUUGUUGAGAUAUAUAGUCCCACAUUGGUUGUAUGUGCAACUAAUGUGGAGUUUAUAAGACCUUGGGGUGGUGUAUCUCAAGGUUCUUUACAAUUUUGUAUAAUUAAAAAUUGGGGACCAUCAUACUAAUAAAUAUGAUAUCUGCAGCUUAAUUAUCGAGCCAUUGGUUUGGUUAAAUUUUCGCAUAUGGAAUUUUGAACAAGGGUUGUCGUCC